AUGAAUUUUCUGCUGGACUAUUAUCAGAUCCUUGAAGUGGCUCCCGACGCUUCCUUCCAGGUGAUCCGGGCGGCUUACCGGCGGCUUGCGUAUUUGCAUCACCCCGAUAGAAACCCCGACCAUCCUGAUGCCGAAGAGCAACUGAAGAUCAUCAACGAAGCUUACGAAGUAUUGUCCGAUGAUUUUGCCCGCAGUGCUUAUGAUGAAAGCCGGAAACUACAGCAGGAAGCGGAAAAGGAAGCACAGGCCGUAGCCAGGGUUAGCAAUAUCAAGCAGCACAAUAAGAAGAAAAGCACAACUACGCGUAUAAUCAAAGAGGAGCGUAAGGUUUAUGUGCAGGGCAGGAUCAUUAUAAAAUACACCGGCGAGCGGGUGCCGGAAAAAGGUGCUUCUAUACCAGCAGCAGAUGCGGCCUACCUCAUACAGCCUACCCGUGCACAUGUCUUCAUACAACAAAAAGAUAUUCUCCGCACCGAACAAAAUAUCGCUGCCGAUUUUCAACGCGUUUAUAAAGAGACCGAUUUGUUUGGCACGCCUGUCCAACAACCCGUUCAUUGCACCAUCACCGGAGAAGACGGCGUGGAAGAAGAUUAUGAGCUGGAGCUAAAAGAUAUACGGGUAGCGGAGCCGGUCAUUACCCAUGCACAGAAAGAAGAAGAUCAGUCAUUUGGUACCCUGGAGGGAAUCCUGUAUGCCUAUAUCCCGCAGGUCAAAGAGAUUGUCUUAGCCGUCAACGAUACCCAAUGUUUCGGGGAGACGGGCCAGGUGUCUUUUAAAGAAGAAGGCGGCCGGCGUUUUAUCCGUAAAGAGCUUUAUCAUACGGAUUGCAGUACCUACUGGGGGCCUUGGCUGGAUGUAUUGGCUUCCGAUGUAAACCGGUCUGAGCGCAGGCAUCAGGGUAUGCAAACGGCCAUUAACGGAGCCGAAGAUAUCACCCGCGUUUAUCAGCAACUGCGCUCUGCUGACAGUGCCGGGCUGAGCCGCGUUUACCAGGCUUUUGAUAAACUUCUCUGUGAGGUAUUACCUGAUACUGGAUGGCGCCUGUAA